GGUGUCUCUGACGCCGGUGUAGCUCUGGGGUUUGUGCCGGGGAGAAUGGGAGCUCCCGGCCUGACCUCCUUUUGUGAUGCGGAAAGUUUACAAGAAAACCCUGAUGUCUCAGUUUGUUAUGCAGAUGCCAAGCAAGAAAUCUUGGAUGAAUGCGAGAGUGUUUGGAAGCAGAUGGAAGAGUGUCAGAGGAAGCUAAAGGGUCUACAAACAGGAGCAUUGCCAAAAUCAAAUCCCAAGCUUUCCUUGUCUAUUAUGCGCAUGAAAGCUUUGGCAGCAGAAUAUAAUCAGUGGCAAAAAAGAAGUCCUGAAAUGAUUUCUACCAAUCCAAAUAUACUGUUGCCAUUAGGAAAAAAAAAGUUGCAGGAAGUCAAGGAUGAUCUUGAAAAUGUGCUGUCAUCAGUUCAGUUAAAGAAUAAAACCCUGGAAGAAGACCUGAAAAGAGAACAGAAGUGGUACGAAGAACAGAAGCAGUUAACAGAUACUCUUAGUAUAACUGAGGAAGAGACAAGAAAACAAGUUGAACAAGUUUCCAAGAAAAGAGCAUUUCGUGAACAGAAAAUGAAAAUCUCGCAACUAAAGGUAUAUAAGAAAAAACUACUGACUGCUCUGGGGGAAUUCCUGGAAGAACAUUUUCCUUCUCCAGAGAAAGGUGGAAGUGCUGAAAAGAAGAAUUCUCAAGAAGAGCCAGUUGUAGAACUGAAACCACUGCAAGUUAUAUUAGAGAUUCUUAUAGACAAAUCAAUGAGCACACCGCAUGAACCCUAUAUAUCAAUCGAUGACUCAUUUUGGCCACCUUAUAUGGAGUUGCUCCUGCGACAUGGAAUUGCUCAGAGACAUCCAGAAAAUCCAGACAAAAUGCGUCUAGAAAACUUUCAUGGGUAGUGUGACCUACAUCUUUAUUUUUAAAGGAAAUUGCUCUUGGAG